GCUGGGGUCAGUUGACUUCUUCGCGCCCUACUUUCAGGUGGGCUUACUCAAGCGGCUGGCGGGCUUGACCAGGCCGGGUGGGCUGUUGGUGCUGCUGGGUCGCGAGCCAGAGGAGCUGGAGGUCAAGGACGAGACGUCGCAGCUGGCGGUAGACAUCCAAUGCUUCAGGGAUGCCGUGAUCCUCCUCGGCCGGCAGCAUCCCUACAGGGAGAUGCCCCGACUGUGGGUUGCCGAGCAGCUCUGGCAGGAGGGCCUGAAGUUGGAGCAAGGGCGCCGCUUCCAAAGGUUCCUGAACCUCGAGAAG